AUGAACAACGAGAACCGGAUUCGCUCUGGGGCGCCCGUCACAGGGCAGCCACCGCAUCCGGGCUUUGUGAUCAUGAUGAUCAUGAUGAUGUAUUUCUACUCCUCGCCAGCCGGGGGACCUCCUCCGGGUAUGAUUUCUCCAAGGGAGCUCUUCAAUACCAAGAUGGCACGGGAGUCUCACUCGCUCGAUGUCUUGAAUCAGACGCGCUGGGGAGAUUUCCUGCCAAGGGGAAUCGGCGAAGAUAAAGAGAUGGGUGCCGAUGUUCGGUAUGUCAAUAUCACGGGCUUCAGGGAAGAAGAUGGAUAUAGCUGGGGUCGAUUGCGCAAGGUGAAAGAGCGCUUUGAGACCUUCCAGCAGGCAGCGAAGCAUGGCCUAGAGAAGGAUUGGGCUUUGUACAGGAAUGUAACAGGUAUUGUUAAGGGGCCUUGGGUGAGGAGCCAAGGAACAGGCUUUGAAAACCAGGGAGUGGGUGGCUGGGGUCUGAAUCUGUCUGCGAUUGCGUCAGACACGAACUGGGCCUGGAAUCAAUGGAAUCGGAAUAUCACCGGCGCGGAAGGCAAGGCUAUGAUGCGGAUCGAAGAUUAUAGCAGAGUCCCGGCAUUUGGGGAGCCUGAGAAGCAAGAAAUGAGAACAGUGAUGCCAGGGGCACCCAGGGAGGUUACAGCGACACUGACUGUGCAAGAUGAAAGUAGCACGGGCGACGGCUGGGAUAUGCAACUCCAUGGCAUCCAAUGGCCCCAGACUGGGGCUCUAGUGUUGACAACUACGAGCAAUAAGUUUGCAGGCAUAUAUGGCUUGCCACAUUUAACGUCAAACAAGGAUGAGUUUAACGACACCCAGCAUGCCUUGAACAAAACGUUGGGCGACAUCCUACACGGAAAACAGAAGUCGGCUUGGAUCGAUUUGAGAGACCCAUGGUCCGAAGACAGCAUGAUGCCACUGCCUCAUUGCGAAUACGUUGCAUAUGUACAGGUUUAUCCGAUGAAAAAGGACCACGUCAGCCACAGCUCUAAACUGGACGAGCCAUCUCUGCAAACUGCCGUUCAGAUGAUUGAACAAGAACUUCGAUUCCCAACGGGUGCACCACUGUCGAAGGCACCUCCACUCCAAAUGUCCUUUAUUGUCUUCUCUCCGGAUUGUGACUUUGUGCUGGAAUCAAAAGGACCUCCUUCUUACGCACCAGCCCAAGGCCUUCAUCUACAGGGCUACAAACUGGAAGCCUUCAUCUCGCGUGUGAAGAAUUGGCUCCUCAUAUGGGGUACAUGCCUUUUUGGCCAAGUUCUUUUGCUACUUUCUCAAAUGAAGGACGCCUCGACGCCAUCAACAGUUGGCAGGAUCAGCUUUUACACCAUCUCAGUUAUGCUCGCCGUGGACUUUACCCUAUUUCUCAGCUUGAUGAUGGUUUCCAACGCAGCGCCUGCUGUUUUCCCAACCAUGACGCUCGCUGGCUUUGCUUGCGCCAUGGCCGUCGGUUUAGGGUCCAGAUUCUUGGCCGAUAUUAACAAAGUUCAAGCCCCAGAGCGUCGGGAGCGAGAACGAGAACGCGAUCGCGCACAGGCUGCUCAGGCUGCCCAGGCAACGGUGCCUCCCAGAACACCGUCGGCCGAGCCCGCUCCAGUUACGACCGGAAUUCCUAUCAUUACACCGGGAGGCGCAGAAGUCCUACCCCUAGCUACACCUACCAAUGCGCCGGCUGCACCGGCAGUGGUUGACAAUGGCCCUAUUAUAGUCCCAUCAGACCAGGAUGUCGAUGCUGAGAUAGGAGAUAACUUGGCAAAUGGUGCUGCAGCGAUACCAGCCCCUGCAACUGCUCAGAGAGUUACUAUCCCACCACUUACACGACGUCAAGAGAUGGCGGCAUCGCUCGGUCCCGCCCUUUUAGGUCUGAUGUUCUUCUUCCUCGUCUCGGUUAGCUCGAUAUCAUGGCCACCCGCUGCCCGCACAUUUUACGUCAAUAUGCUAUCUUCCAUAUACCUAUCCUUCUGGGUUCCGCAGAUAUACCGAAAUAUCAUGCGCAACUGCCGCAAAGCCCUACUGAGGAAGUUUGUUAUUGGGCAGAGUCUCUUGAGAGCCGGGCCUAUCGCCUACUUUUACCUGAGGAAGGACAACAUCUUCUUUGCUGAGACCAGCGGUACGGCCAUGGCGAUGCUGGGAGGGUGGCUGUGGCUACAGGUGUGGGUCCUCUUUGCGCAAGAGGUCCUCGGUCCACGCUUUGGACUGCCGAAAUCGUGGCUACCGGAGGCUUGGGACUAUCAUCCUAUUCUCCGCGAGGACGAUGUUGAGGGUGGUGAAAUGCCUAUUGGGCUUGCGCAGGCCGGUCCGGAUGGGAGACGCUCGACUGAAGAGCUGAGGAAGAAACGCGAUGGACAUAGUAGGACGGUGGAUUGUGCGAUCUGCAUGAAUGGGCUCGAGGUGCCUAUAGGCCCAGCAAGGGAUGAGGGCGAGAAAGAGUCGGUGGGGACCGGCGGCGUUCAAGGGAUGCUGGCUAGGAGAGUCUACAUGGUCACUCCGUGUCGACAUGUCUUCCACAGCGUAUGUCUUGAAGGGUGGAUGAAGUUCAGGUUACAGUGCCCGAUAUGCCGAGAGACGCUGCCGCCUCUAUAG